CACGCGCUCUGGUGAUCAUGUGAAUGUGAUAUUAUGGAGGUUAAGGGGGUUUUAUUGUGUUUAUGGCUUGUAUUUUUAGGUUUAAUUACUGUAACAUUAGAAAGUUUUCCCAAUUCUACAAACUCUACUCUCAGAACAAGGCGCCAAAGCAGUUUUACCUGUACUCUUCCACCACAAUUAGAGAAUGGAAGGUGGCUAGUAACUGAAGCAGAUGUUAAACCAGGUGAUCAGGUAACCAUUAAUACAAUAAUAAGAGUAGAAUGUCAUGAAAGUUACCAAUUAUUUCCUAAUAUUCCUCUACAUCUUUGUGAUAGCAACUGGGAUGAAACAACUUUUCCAACGUGCCAAAAAAAAUGUCCCCCAUUUUAUUCAACGGCAACUACCACGGUAACAUGUAAAGAUCUACAUAAUGGAGCAGUCCCUUGUGAUAGAGCCAUUGAUGGCACCUAUUUAACUUAUACCUGCAAGGUUUAUUAUGAAAUACCACCAGGAGGUAGAAAUAUUCUUUACUGUGAUGAUGGCGUUUGGGACUUUCCGAAACCUAUUUGUCAACCAAUUUGUGGAAAGAAAGUGAAUAGGGAAACAACUGCACUUGCUUGGGGUGGUAGAGAAGUCAAAAAUUUUGAAUUCCCAUGGGUUAUAGCGCUGUUUGAGACUCUAGGAACAAGUUAUGAAAAUAAAUGUGGAGGAACGUUAAUAAGCCGAAGAGUUGUCGUAACUGCUGCUCACUGUGUUACGGAUACUUAUGGUAAUGCUCUGGAUAAAAACAAAUUUCAAGUUGCUGCUGGAAAACUUUACAAUGCCUUUGGAGAUAAACGAGAUGUAGAUGCACAGUAUAGAAAGAUUUCGAAAGUAAUUGUUCAUGAUGGAUAUAGAGGAGAAAGUCAAAGAUACAUCGCUGAUUUGGCUAUACUCAUUACCCAAGAGCUUUUCAAACUUGAUAUAAUUGUUCAGCCAGCAUGCAUUGAGAAUGUGAAUAAUAUAUAUUUAACUAAUUAUCAAAUCGGAGAGGUAGCGGGUUGGGGCCGUACUGAGGAAGAAAAACCCUCAGAAAUCCUCAAAGCAAUAAGAGUACCAUACAAAGAUGGUGCUACGUGCGCUAAAGAGCUGCCACAAAGCUGGGAAGAACAAUUUAAUUAUUUUGAUAAAAUUUGUGCUGGUCGUCAGAAUGAAAGUACUGCGGUCUGUAAAGGAGACAGUGGGAGCGGACUGGUUUUUAAAAACCGGGAAGAUAAUAGAUACUACCUUCAAGGAAUCGUAAGCAUAGCACCAAAUUUAAAUACGUUUCAGUGUAAUUACCAAACGAACGCUUUAUAUACUAGUGUCCCAUUCUACUACUCCUUUAUAAAGAGAGAAAUGACUAAGAAUCACUUAGAGGACUGCAUACUUCCAGCAUAUCCAAAAAAUGGGAAAUGGUUCCUCGAAGAUGGCGUAGAAAAAAGGCCUGGUGAUGUUGUAUUGUCCAGCACUAUCUUACGAUUUUCAUGUAAUGUGCGGUUUAUAUUGUCCACGGUCUCACCAUAUUAUGACUGUGAAAGUUAUUACAAUCAUCCCACCUGUCUCAGAUUAUGCCCUAAACCAUCUUUACCGACUGGAACACAGAUACUCUGUAAAAACUCCAAAGAUCAAUUUAUAGACUGUACAGUUAUUGCUGAUGGUAGCAGCAUAACGUUUACAUGUCCAAACGGUUUUGUAUCAGACAGAGGAACACCCACCAGUACAAGGUACUGCCGAAAUGGAGUCUAUGGGAAUUCCGCACCUUCUUGUACAGACGUUAAACAAAAUCCUGUGUACAUUUCUACUAUAUUAUACAAAUCCAAAACAAAAAUACAACAGACACCUACGACAGCAACUAGUAGUAGGAUUGCCACACCAAAAUCUGUAAUUACAUCCAGAUUUCAGAUUCCAGAGCCAAUUCCUAGUCAAAUUGAUAACGAUGGAAAAAAACUGAUAUGUGAUUACACCAGAGGGAUGGCAUACAAUGGCUCAUAUACAGAAGAUGUUGAGCCUGGAUUGUGCUCUCAUUUAAUUUACGACAUGAUUGACGUUAGUGAAAACGGAGAGUUGGAUCUCAAGAAAAAAGGAUCAAAUAUCCAUUGUAGCAACAAGUGUGACUUCAAAUGUUUAAAAGUGCUAAUGGUAUCUAGUUUUUUAACAAUAUUUUUUUCGCUUACGACAUGGGGUAUUAUUAGAAUAUCAAACAAUUAUUAUUACAAAGGUUUUUAUAAUGAGAGCAACGAAUCUAAGAAUGAUUCGUCAGUAGGUAACAACUCAUCAUCCUUUGACAAUCUUUAUGUGUCAAGAAUAUAUUGGUUGGCUCAGUCUCCUGCAACACAACUGGAUAGGCUAGACACUCCUGUCCCCCUAAUAAUAAUCCAUCACACCGCCACAGAAUCGUGUCUAUCUUCAGCAGAGUGCAAGCUUCAGACUCGUCUUAUUCAAUCGUUCCACAUAGAAAACCGUUAUUGGAGUGACAUCGCUUACAAUUUUUUAAUUGGUGGUGAUGGUAAAAUUUACGAAGGACGAGGAUGGAUUUCUGAAGGAGCGCAUACGUAUAAUUAUAAUAAAAAGAGUUUGGGUAUAGCCUUUAUUGGAACAUUUACCAAUUCUGUUCCUCGCAAAGAACAGAUUAAUGCUUUAGGGGUUUUAAUAGAGAAAGGUGUUCAGCUUGGAUAUGUAGCCACAGACUAUAAGAUUUUUGGGGCACGUCAGCUUUCUCCUACUGAGAGUCCUGGGAAAUCGUUUUAUGAACUUAUAAAGACAUGGAGUCAUUGGUCGGAGAAAGUAGUGUAACGAUUUACCAGUUGAAAGUUUUUAUAACUAUGGAUUUAAUGUAGUUUGUUUUUCAUAAGAAUGUCCCACAUUGGGAAAUAGACUUUUUAUUUUAUAUAUACUUAUGCUUCUCUGUUUAUCUUUAGUGUAAGGGGUUGUAAUACCAUCAAAAGUAAUGAUUUCUAUGCAUUUAUAUGUUAUACAAAUAAAAAGUUACAAAAUUA